CUGCGGCGUCCUCUCGCUUGGAAACCGAGAUUUCAGGAACAAACCGCUCGCCGGGUGUGACCCCAGAUGGAGGAGGCAGACGUGCGGCGGGCUCGUGCCCCGGGCUGGGCGGGGCUGCACCCCCACCCCCCCCGGGGGCAGUCCUCACCCCGGGCUCUCGGCGGGCUGCCGGGGUCCGGCCACGGCCAGGGCGCGAGGCGUCCUGCGGCAAGGAAGUACCCUGUCGUCGAGCAGAGAGGCUGCUACUCCGACCUGCUCUCCCAGGCGGCGGCCCUCCACCUGAAGUCAUGUCUGCAGGGACCCGUGACGCAGCAGAACUUAGUGAACCAGUCUGGCUACGAGCAGCACACUCCGAAAGUGACGACCUUCCACAGCCCCCGGGACGUGCUGGAGCUGCUGGACGCGGAGAGGCACGGGCCCACGACGGAGCUGGUGAAGAAGACGGAUUUCUCCCUGAGCGGCUACAUUGCCAAAGUGCAGCUGCCGUACCAGGCGGUGCAGGGGCAGUGCCCACGCAAAAUCGAGAUCGAAAGACGGAGGCGGGAGUACCUGCGGAUGGACGUGGCCGCGCUGCUGUCCGAGAUGGGGAUCGACUCCAACCAGCUGAUGCCCCGGCGCCCCGGCUCUGGAGACCACCUGACCGAGCCCGAGCAGGGCUUCCCGGCCGCGGCCAGCUACCUGCCCCUGGAGGUGUUUGAUGACGAAGAGUUCGACUGCCGGACGCCUGGAGAGUGGCUGUCCAUGGGCUAUGAGCCGGGAUCACCUGACCGAAAACCCAUCCCAGCAAAAGCCCUUCUCCCUGAUGACGACCUCCUCGGACACGAGGACCCGAAGAGCGCCGCCCUGCUGUACUCCUGGCAGACUGUGGGCGUCCUGGAUUACGCCCCCGGCCGGAAGCUGUACCUGGUGCACAAGGCCGACCCUGGCGGCCGGGUGAGGGACAGCGAGGGGAGGCCCGUCCUCAACGGAGGAGCUGGACUCCUGCUGCCCUGCCAGUACUGGGUGCCCAGGAUCAGGCUGGCGUUCUGUGCCGAAGACCCGCGCACCUUCGCCCGCCGCGUGCUCACUGCCCAGCGGGCGCGGGAGAGGACAGAGGGGCUGCUGCUGUACCACCUGUCCAUCGACUGCAUGCCGGUGGAGGGGCAGCCCCCCAUCAGCAGCAGCACCCUGGAGAAGAUCAAGCGGUGGGCCCUGUCCACGCCCGGCCUGCGGAAGCAGCUGCUGCGGGACUGCGCGGAGCGGCUGGAGAAGGAGAUCGCGCUGGAGUUCGAUCGCACCAUGAACCGGAUCUGCUUCGACAGGGUGGUGGCCUCCAACCCGCAGGACUUCUGCGACAUCACUCUGCCCGAGCCGGAGAGGGAGGUGGUGCCGGACAGGGGCUUCGUGGAGGUCCCUGACUACCCGUUUGCCAAGCAGCAGAGAGCGUUUGCCUUCAACUCCCUGCUGACGAAGCCCGAGGUGAUUGAGGCCCUGUCCAAGGUGCAGGCUGAGUGCAACAGGGUGGUGGCCAUGCGCCUGUUCCACGUCAACCUGACCAAGACUGUCCGGCUGAAGGAGUUUGAGCUGACCCAGUCCCAGGUGUACUCUCAGGUGCAGCUGUUCCUGAGGGACACCUGGGUGACCACGCUGUGCAACGCGGUGCGCGCCAGCCUGCGCGACGUGGGCAAGGGCUGGUUCAGCCUGGCCGAGCGGCGCUGGGAGGUGUACCGGCUCUCCAAGCUGUGCCGCCUGAUGGAGCGCCUGCGCUUCCGCCUGCAGGACUCCCUGCGCUUCCUGGUGCAGGACUCGCUGGUCAGCUUCGCCCAGCUGCUGCUGGACGCCUGCCACAGCGUGCUGCCGUGCCCGGAGGACAUGGCCUGGGGCGCUGACCUCGUCAACAGCCCCUACAAACCAAGAAAGAAACCUCUGUUCCUCCUGGACCUCGUCCUGGAUCAGUCCGGAGUCCACUACAGCACUCCUCUGGAGGACUUUGAGAUGUCCGUCCUUAACCUGUUUGACAAGGGGAUCCUGGCCACUCACAACGUGCCCCAGCUGGAGAAGUUUGUGCUGAAGGACCUGUUCAUCAGCGGCACGCCCCUGCUGGAGUCCGUGGGGCUGUGGGAGCCUGCGGUGUCCGAGCUGCGGGAGAGCGUCCGCGCGGCGCUGCGCCAGGCGGCCGUGCCCCUGCGGGCCUACGCCCGCGAGUACGAGCGGCACCUCGAGCUGCACAACACCGACGUGGAGGCCUUCCUGCGGGAGCACAGCCCGCCCAGCAUGAGCCUGCAGGAGGUGAAACGGGAGGUGGAGCUGCACCUGCGGGAGAAGGAGCUCCUGGACCACUCGCUGCCCGUCUCCAUCGUCAUCGGGCCCUUCCUGGUCAGCGUGGAGGCCGUGCGCCAGAGCCUCUCCAAGAAGCGCAGGGCCCUGGCCAACGCUGUGCUGGACCAGCUGGCCAAGAAGCUGCGCAGGCAGGUGGACGAGGCCUGCGAGGAGUGCAGGGCCAUCAGCAGGAAGCUGGGCGAGAAGGCCAACAGCAUCGAGGAGCUGACGGACCACCGCGAGUGGAUGAAGCAGAUUCCUGAGCAGCUCAAGGCGCACGAGGAGCUCAUAUCCAAAGCCAUGGUCGACUACGAGCUCAUCGACGAGUUCUUUUACAGUCUUUCCACUGACGACUUCAACGCCAAGUGGACAGCGGUGGGCUGGCCCAGUAAGAUCCUGACCCAGAUGGAGUCCGUGGUGGUGCAGCACGAGGAGGAGGAGGAGCGCUUCCACAAAAUCCAGCAGGUGGACCAGAACAGCUUCCAGGAGAGACUGGACACGCUGCAGAUGGUGGUGGCGGGGUUCUUGGCCUACACGGACAUGGGGCGGGCGCACGAAGUCGCCAACGAGGCCCGGCGCGUCAGCAAGCAGCUGAAGGAGUCGCAGCAGAUGGCGCAGGUCUACAACAACAGGGAGCGUCUCUUUGGCAUGCCUGUCACCAACUACGACAAGCUGCAGAAGCUGGUGAAGGACUUCCAGCCCUUCCAGGACCUGUGGGUCACGACCUCCGACUGGCUGCACUGCCACGAGGGCUGGCUGACCGACCCGCUGAACACUGUCGACGCUGAGCAGCUGGAGAAGAACGUCAACGAGGCCUUCAAGACCAUGCACAAGUGUGUCAAGCAGUUCAAGGACGUCCCGGGCUGCCUGGACAUUGCACUGGUGGUGCGUGGGAAGAUCGAGGAAUUCAAGCCAUACAUCCCUCUGAUCCAGGGACUGCGAAACCCAGGGAUGCGGAACCGCCACUGGGAGCUGCUCUCCGAGCGGAUCCAGAUGAACGUGAAGCCCAAGGCCAACCUGACUUUUGCCCGCUGCUUGGAGCUGCAGCUACAGGACCACAUCCACGAGAUCGCCAAGGUCGCAGAGGUCGCAGGGAAGGAGUUUGCCAUCGAGCAGGCCCUGGACAAGAUGGAGCGAGAGUGGUCCACCGUGGCCUUUGAGGUCCUGCCCUACAAGGAGACGGGAACGUUCAUCCUGAAGAGCCCGGACGAGGCGUCGCAGCUCCUGGACGACCACAUCGUGAUGACCCAGAGCAUGUCCUUCUCGCCCUUCAAGAAGCCCUUCGAGGAGCGGAUCAGCACCUGGGAAAGCAAGCUGCGCAUGACGCAGGACGUGCUGGAGGAGUGGCUGACCUGCCAGCGGUCCUGGCUCUACCUGGAGCCCAUCUUCAGCUCCGAAGACAUCAACCGGCAGCUCCCCGUGGAGGGCAAGCGCUACCAGACCAUGGAGAGGACCUGGCGCAAGGUCAUGAAGAGCGCCCACGACAACACGCAGGUGAUCGACCUGUGUCCUGACCCUCGCCUCCUGGAGAGCCUGAGGGAGUGUAACAAGCUGCUGGAGCUGGUGCAGAAGGGCCUGAGCGACUACCUGGAGACCAAGAGAGGGGGUUUCCCCAGAUUCUACUUCCUGUCCGACGACGAGCUGCUGGAGAUCCUGUCCCAGACGAAGGACCCCACGGCUGUGCAGCCCCAUCUCCGAAAGUGCUUCGAGAACAUCGCACGGCUGCAGUUCCAGCCCGACCUGCAGAUCACCCACAUGUACUCCGGCGAGGGCGAGGAGGUGCGGCUGUGUGCGCCGGUCUGCCCCUCGGGGAACGUGGAGGACUGGCUGCUGGAGGUGGAGAGGUCCAUGAGGGCCAGCCUGCGGGACCACAUCGACAGAGCCCUGCGCGAGUACCCCCAGAAAGCGCGCACAGAGUGGGUGCUGAGCUGGCCGGGACAGGUGGUCAUCGCUGGCUGCCAGACCUUCUGGACGACCGAGGUGUCAGAGUCUCUAGAACAGGGAGACCUGGCCGAGAGGCUGUACCCUCAGCUGCAGGCCCAGCUCGGCGACCUGGUGGCCCUGGUGCGGGGCCGGCUGUCCCGGAUGCAGCGCGCCGUGCUCUCGGCGCUCAUCGUCAUCGAGGUCCACGCCAAGGACGUGGCGGCCCGGCUGGUGGAGGAGGGCGUGAAGAGCGUCAGCGACUUCGAGUGGAUCAGCCAGCUCAGGUACUACUGGGCCAGGGAUGACCUGUACAUCCGCGCGGUGAACGCCGAGUUCCUGUACGGGUACGAGUACCUGGGCAACACCGGCCGGCUGGUCAUCACUCCGCUGACCGACAGAUGCUACCUGACGCUAACGGGAGCCCUGCAUCUGAAGUUUGGGGGGGCUCCUGCAGGCCCUGCAGGGACAGGCAAGACCGAGACCACCAAGGACCUGGGCAAAGCACUGGCCAUCCAGACCGUGGUCUUCAACUGCUCCGACCAGCUGGACUUCAUGGCCAUGGGCAAGUUCCUGAAGGGCCUGGCCAGCUCUGGGGCCUGGGCGUGUUUCGACGAGUUUAACCGCAUCGACGUGGAGGUGCUGUCAGUGGUGGCUCAGCAGAUCACCACCAUUCAGAAAGCACAGCAACAGAGGGCCAGCAGGUUUGUGUUUGAAGGAGCGGAGAUCCCUCUGGUGCCCUCCUGCGCUGUCUUCAUCACCAUGAACCCAGGCUACGCCGGCCGCACCGAGCUGCCUGACAACCUCAAGGCCCUCUUCCGGCCGGUGGCCAUGAUGGUGCCAGACUACGCCAUGAUUGCGGAGAUUUCCCUCUACUCCUUUGGCUUCAGUGACGCCAAGGUCCUGUCCAAGAAGAUCACCACCACCUUCAAACUGUCCUCCGAGCAGCUCAGCUCCCAGGAUCACUACGACUUCGGGAUGAGAGCGGUGAAGACGGUCAUCUCUGCGGCUGGAAACCUCAAGAGAGAGAAUCCCGCCAUGAACGAGGAGCUGAUCUGUCUCCGCGCGAUCCGCGACGUCAACGUGCCGAAGUUCCUCCAGGACGACCUCAAGCUCUUCAACGGCAUCGUGUCCGACCUCUUCCCCAAGAUCAAGGAGGAGCCCAUCGACUACGGCAUCCUGGAGGAGUCGAUCCGCAACGUCUGCUUCAAGAGCUGCCUCAAGGACGUGGAUGGCUACAUAAUGAAGUGCAUUCAGCUCUACGAGACCACUGUGGUGCGUCACGGGCUGAUGCUGGUGGGGCCCUCGGGGUCUGGAAAAACCAAGUGCUACGAGAUCCUGGGAGCAGCGAUGACGGCGCUGAAGGGGCAGCCCUCCGUCAGUGGGGGGACAUACGAGGCUGUGCAGACCUAUGUCCUGAACCCCAAAUCCAUCACCAUGGGGCAGCUGUACGGAGAGUUCGACCUGCUGACCCACGAGUGGACGGAUGGGAUCCUGUCGUCUCUGAUCCGGGUGGGAGCUGUGGCGAUGGACCAGGAGAAGAAGUGGUACAUGUUUGACGGGCCGGUGGACGCCGUGUGGAUCGAGAACAUGAAUACAGUGCUGGACGACAACAAGAAGCUGUGCCUGAGCUCGGGGGAGAUCAUCAAGCUGGCGGACGUGGCAUAG